AUUUAAACUAAUUAUGGAUUUUUCACCAGACAUUUCAGAAAGAAUUGAUACUUUAAGCAAAAAAUGUUAAGAAAAAAAGAAAGUCAUUCUAGACUUUAUUAGUCUACUAUAAGCUAGAGCUGAACUUGAAGAAUAUUAUUCAAGAAGUCUUGAAAAAAUUGGUAAAUAUAUACACAAUUUUUUUAAGGUGAAUCACUUACUAAAUUAAUACAUGGAAAAGAUAGUUUGAAAGAUUUAUUUAUUAUUCUAAGAAGUUAUUUUCAUAUUUAAUCUGAACAAACUAGAACUUUUGCAAGAUAAAUUAAAAAUGAUGUUAUUUAAGAAUUGGAAUAGCAUCUCAUAAAAGAAGAUGGUUGGUAAAAAGAAAUGUAGUUUCUCAAAUAAAAACAUUCUAAAGAAAUUCGAAGAAAUAUUGAAAGUUUAAACUCAUUAAGAGAUGAAUAUAUUUAAGCAAUUAAUGAAGAAAAGAAAUUUUAACUGAAUAAAACAAUCCAAAAAAAAUUCAGUUACAAGCAAAGCGAGAUCAAAUUAUAAAAUUUCAUGGCAUAUUACAAUUAAUAUGUUGAAUCUUAUUUUUCGGAUAUUGCCAUAGUUCAAGAUAAGUUUUCAAAUAUUGAAUUGGAAAGGCGUAAAAUCAUCUAAGAUUCAGGAAUAAAAUUUUUUAUGUUUGAAAUUUCUGUUGUUCGCAAUUUAUAAUAUGAUUUAAAUGGAAUAAGCCAAAAAAUUGAGUAAUACAAUCCUAAAAAUGAAUUAAAUGAACUCUUUAAAGAUUAGCCAUCUGAUAAGCCUCUUCUAAGUAAAUUAAAUUUUGAAAACUUUAAAUCUUUUAUCCACUCUUAAUUGAAUUUUAAACCAGAGAAUCAGAUGGCUAAUAAAAAAAAGAAACCAAUCUUUGAUUAAGUAGCGAUUCCUGAUAAUUCAAUAGAAUCCACUUAAUAAUUUAAGGAAACUAAUUAAAUUUAUAUGAAAAUGUUUUAGAAUGCAAUGUUUAACAAUAUAAUAACAGAUGAAACUGUUACAAAACUGAAUGAACUUCUUCAAUAAACCUAACCAGCAGUAUACAUCUAAUCUUUAGAUAAAAUACUUAAAUUAAGAUUGAAUUAGGAUGAUAGCCAAUAAAAUAGUACAGACUAUUAAGUAAGUCCUGAAGGUUAUGUUUCAUUACACAAAUUAAUAAUUACUUGUCUAGAUUAUUGUAAUCAAAAAAAUGAUUUUGCUUCAGUUAUAAUUGAGGCAUAUUAAUUGACCAAAUAUAUUUAUAAGUUAAUACAAUUACCUAAUGAUAAUUAAGAAAUAAAAAUGAGUAUUUUUGGUAUGAAAUAAUAAAAUAUUUUUUAAUAGAAGGUUUAAAAAAUCAUGCAGUACUUCACAAUUCAUAGAUUUGGAUAAAUUAGGCAAUUCAGUUACAAAGUAUACUUGUUAAUAAUACAAGUGUUUUUGCAGAGAAUAGUAUUUAAAUAAUUUAAUUAAUAUUCUAGAUGUUACAAAAGAAUAGACUUAGAAAUAAAUUGAAGAAUACAUAGAGUCACUUUAAUGUAUUGGAUGUGACAUAUAAAUUGUUGAGGCAGUUAAAUUGUAAUUAAAUUAUAAUGUCAUACAGGAAAGUCCCAUUUAAUGA